UCGGUUGGAGAUGAUCGAUCUGCCAUUGCCCUUUGAAGACGGUGAAAUGUUUCAAUAGAAAUGAAUCUGAAAAAUAUUUUCAGAGAUUUUAAUCCAAGUAAAUUUCUGGUGUUUACAAGCCUGCUUGUGUUUUCUCUCCUGUUUGCACUGCGACUGGAUGACACUAUUCAGUGGAGUUAUUGGGUUGUUUUCCUUCCCAUCUGGAUAUGGAAGUUGAUGGUUGUUCUUGGUGCCCUGACAGGCAGCUACAUUUGGUGGAAAAAUCCCCACUAUAGGGUGGAAGGCAACAAUUACGUUCAGUUUAAGGCUAUGGUGAUAUGUACUGGUAUGCACCUACUAUUACUGAUGUUCGAGAUCUUAGCCUGUGACAACCUGGAGUCCCAACACAACCGACACCCUUGGAUUCUUGUAUUCAUCCCUCUCAUGUGUAUGUCUGUCAUCUCAAUUGGGAUCUGUGUGUGGGCUGUAAAAAAUGACCGCUCCUUUGAGCUGGAACUUUUCUCAUCUGUUAACAUUCUGCAAUUUAUAUUCUUCGCACUGCGGUUAGACAAUACCAUAGACUGGAGUUGGGUAAUUGUAUUCAUUCCUAUCUGGAUUGUUAUGUGCACUGCUAUGAUUGGUGUUUUAUAUGCGAUAAUUCUUGCCAUAAUAUUGGUCAAGUCUCCAGACAUCAUUCCCGAACAGAGACGAGGAAACAUCUCGUCAGCAAUUGGUUAUGCUUUUCUGGUGAUACCAUUGCUUAUAUUUGAGAUAUUAUUGACUAACCGUCUGGAUGGAGACAAUCAUAUUAAGUAUACUGCCAUCACUGUGCCUCUGUUCAUAUCCCUCAUCACUCUCAUCUGUCUUGCAUUCGGUGCUAAGGGAGGCAACUGCUGGUGGUUUGGUAUAAGAAAAGACUUUUGUCAAUUCUUACUGGGAGUCUGUCCAUUUUUACAAGAGUAUGGGAACAUAUCUUAUUCACUUCAGAAUGAUGAUACAGACCCAGAAGAAAAUAUUGUAGAAACUGCAAAAGUAGACAUGUGUCAGUCUAAAAAGCACCAUAUAUCUGACCAGCCACGAGCAGUAGUACCAGUCAUAUCAAUAGAGACACCAGAUUGAUUUUGAUCAUAUAUACACCUUAAUUAUCAUCACAUCGUCCAAUUACAUCAUGUUUAAAUAUUAGUUAUUGACCAAACACAAGUUGUGUACAUUUUAUGUCACCAUGUUUACCCUAUUGGUCUCUGAUCACAUUUGUGUAUGAUGUUUUCUUGUAAGUUGGAAAAUAUGCCAGUGGGACAGGAACAAUUAAUAUACUUAAACAUAUUUUGAUAGUUUAUUGAUGUGAAUUUGUGAAAAUAAAAUUACCCAAUAAGUCAAUGAAAAUAAUCCCCAACAAAAAUUAAAGAUUUAACAUAAACACUGAAGAAGACUCUCCCGACUUUUAGUCCUGACCACACUGAACAACAUUCGGGAGGCCCAUUAAAUGCCUUUAACAGCAAUUACUACUUGAACCAACUUGAAAAUAUUACUUUCAGAUAUGAAUUUUUUCAUAUAAAAUAACAAAGAAGGGCACAGAUCAUGUAUAGUAUAUCAUUAUAUUGCUGUCUUUCAGGUAAAUAAUUUAUUAUUUGAAAAAAUUUAUUUCUUUUUCAUUCAAUU